AGUUUCCGAAUAUGGUCUGUCGACGUUUGAAAGUCGGUUGAGUAGUAGGGCUUGGUCCGGAUGUGACCUUGUCUAUCGAGAGAGUCAUGUUAGCUUUGGUGCAGAGUAGUUUAAAAUGGAUUUCUUCUACUCGAAGGAUAUUGCAAAAUAGUGCAAACAAGGUUUAAUUUUUCUGAGCUGCUGAGGCGUUGUUAAAAAUUCGACUUGGUUUGUGGAGUCAGUUGCUAGCAGAUUCAUUGGCUUGCUUCAAAGGUCCUCUCAUGAUUGAAUUUAUUAAAAUGAUCCUCGAAGACCUGAAAGUUUUGAAGACUCACGAUUAAGUGAACAGGUUUCAGGAUAGUUGAUUCUUAUGAGGAUAGGUCGCUGAGGGCACUGGAUGCGCCGUGGUGCUGGCCAGUGCGUGUAGAUUGGGUGGGUUGUUAGGAAUGUUUUGAGCUCGUGUCCUGAUAAAGUGUGAAUGAUAUAUAAUUCUUGUCAUGUAAUUAGUAUAUUUUUUCGAUGGGAUUUUGUGUUUAGUAAAUAGUCUGAAAAGGCAUGUCGCUGUUCCUCUUCGUCUUCGUAAUGAACAAAUUUGUGAAGUCCAAUGAAUCCGUGUUUUUCAACAAGCUUUUUUUGCCACGACUGCUUCUAUAGCGUUUCCUGAUCCAUGCUAGAGAUAAUCACAGGCACUGAUUGGGUGUUCGUGUUUGAUUUUUGACUUUGAGGCAGCAUUGAGAGAACAUGGAGUUUUUCAAAGAUGUUCACUCAGUGCGACUCUUAACCCAGAAUGGAAAGUAUUUGUGGGCCGCGGAGGAUCGCAACAGUGUCGCUCUGAGAAGGGGUGAGAACACGUAUGGGGUGGACUGGCGAGUUGAGGUUGUUCCCGAGCGGAAUACCAUCCGAUUGAAAAGUGUGUACGACCUUUACUUGAAACCUUCUGAUUACGCAUCCGCACUGGGCUUCACGGGAAGAAAGAUAAGGCAGAGUUUUGCAUCGAAGGCCGAUUCAUCGCUGGAGUGGGAGCCUGUUCGCAGCGAUAGUUGUGUGAAGUUUACUGCCAAGGGAGACAAAUUUCUACGAGCCAAUGGGGGAGUGCCGCCGUAUAGAAAUACCGUGACGUAUGAUGUGCCAAUGCGAAAGAGCAAGCAACAUGAGGUGCUCUGGACCGUCGUAGUUGUGAAACUAAAGGAUCCGCUGAGGUUGCAGCUCAAGAACAGUCCAUUGGCAUCUCCAACACUAUAUAAUGCCGCGAAACUCAAGUUAUCACCGCCGCGUAUCAGUAAAGUGGAAAUUUCCGACCAUGACCAGUAUUCGCCCCCUGAACCCGUUCGAAGGCCUCAGUUACCUAGAAAUCCAGAACCGGGGGUGAAAUAUCCCCCGACCUCCCAUCACAGUUCAUGUUCAGAGUGGUCGUCACCUCCAGCAAGCCCUCCCUCACGCAGGCGUCCAACUAAAACUCCUGAACCUAGCAAAGACGUUCCGAAACCAAAGCAAUCAGAACUCCGGAGAAUUUACUACUCCGUUGCUGAGGACAACGGUGAAGUACUAGCUCACGACGACGAGACUUCCGGCACUUUGCUGUUCGAGGGAAGCACUAUAGAUGAAUUGGCGCAUGAACUACAGCGCAUGACAGGAAUCGACGACAUCAUCUUGUGCAUGAAGAACCCUCUCAGUACCAAGCUGUACAAAAUGCGGCUCCCUGCGAACAGAGCUCCGUUGUGCGUCGUCAUCGUUCGGCAGAACUCCAGAUUUGGGAAAGCCUUCUCAAUGAAAUCAAUCCAAUAGAAACGAUUUUGUUUCCCUGUAACAAACAUUCUGCUUCCGAACUCUGCAAUCUCGGCAUAAAACUGAGCAAUUGACUAGAAUGAGCAAUUGAGUAGAAAAACUCGUUACAAAUUAGCAUAGGUACCCAAGUAAUUGCUAGCUGAGCAUGAUCGAUCUUCCAUGACUGCGAGGAUUACGAUGACAUCGAUCCUUGUUUCAGCAUCAGUAUCUAAGGAGACAACAACGGCUCACUCAGCAUCCCAAUUUUUUUUUUUUUUUUUUUUUUUUUUUUUUGUAUUAGUUUAAGAAUCUGGAGCUGAGCUGGGGUGUGGAAAGUUGGAGGGUAGAGACACUGUUUCGUCCAUUUGUGCAGAUAAUUAGAAUUCUGGGGCCAAUUUUACGCUCAUUGAGCGAAGUCCUCACUCCUCUCACUGGUAAGUGGAGAAGUUUGGAUUGGCUCUUCAGGCAUUUUCACUCAGAGUUGAGUUUAAGCUUUCACAAUAAUUUUUAGUUAUUGUUGUAUCAUAUUAGAAUAUCUGGACACCACAGGUUUUGACCUCAUUGUAUCAAAAAUAAAUUGUACCUGUUUUUUCCUCAA